CGCGACGCCCUCCACUCCCCCGUGGGUGCCCUCCCCAGCCCCCUGCGUCUCAAGGGCAGCAGCAGAGAGGAGAAGCCGGGGGCUGACAGCGAUGCCGAGGUGGAGAAGGUGCCUGAGGAGCGGCCAGUGACAGCAGCCAGCCCCAGCGGGGAGGACGCAACGCCCCGUGGCAGCCCCCGGUGCCCAGAGGAACGGAACAAGGAGAGACGCAGCCCAGAGAAGGUCAAGGAUGGUGCAUCCCCCCGGGAGGGUCCCAGUGAGGGCCUGUUCGGCACACGGGGCCUGGAGAAGGACAAGGUGGAAGGACGAAGGAAAGAGCCAGACACGAGCAAGAAGGACGCGGAGGGUGGUGGGCUGGCCAAGGAGGCCUUUGCCCCACUGAUGGUGCACACGGACAGCCCCCCACACCUGAACGCUGGGCACCUGCAGAGCCUGGCACUCUCCGGCCUCCAUGGGCAGCAGUUCUUCAGCCCCUUGGGUGCCGGACAGCCCCUCUUCAUCCACCCAGGACAGUUUGCCAUGGCCCCCGGCGCCUUCUCUGCCAUGGGAAUGGGACACUUACUGGCCUCGGUGACUGGUGGGGGCAGCCUGGAGAAUGGAGCCCUCUCAUCUGCCCCAGGUGCAGCAGGGACAGCCACCCCCUUCCCUUUCCACCUCUCCCAGCACAUGCUGGCCUCUCAGGGAAUCCCGAUGCCCACCUUCGGCGGACUCUUCCCCCUUUCCCGCAACCCCUUCCUGGGCAGCAGCCGUCCCCGCCUGCGCUUCAGCCCCUACCAGCUCCCGGUCACCAUCCCUCCCAGCACCAACCUGCUAACCACCGGCCUUCCUGCCAGCCUCAACCCCAGCUCCGAGGGCUCCACCGGCAGCAGCCGGGACUCCAGCCCCCUCCCCGAGGUCCCCCUGCCCAAGGGGGGUAGCCAACGCCCCGCCGCCUCCCCUAAGGGCUCCCUGAAGGAGUCCCUCAACGAACUGCAAAACAUCCAGAGACUGGUGAGCGGGUUGGAGAGCCAGCGGGAGCUGUCACCCGGCAGGGAGUCUCCCAAGUGA